ACCAUUUUUCAGUUUGUUUCCUCACAACCGACACAAAAUGGGUGGAUUUUUGUCCCAUCUGAAGCCUGAAGCCAGCCUGGAAGUGUUGAAUGCCUCGUGUGGUCCGGUGAUCGGAAAUAUUUAUAGACAUGACGACAAAAUCGUGAAUGGAUAUCUUGGAAUUCCAUUUGCUAAGGCCCCAAUCUGUGAGCUCCGCUUCAAAAAACCAGUCGAAGCUGAAAAAUGGACAAAACCACUGAACUGUCAUAAAUAUGGACCUGGAUGUCCACAAUCUGGACAUAUGAUUUCAAAUCUUCUUCCUCCCGGGUAUCGAGAGUUUGCGGAAGAUAAUUGCCUGAAUUUGAACAUUUUCGCUCCAAGUUGGAAAUCAGAGGAAUUUCCAAAUGGACUCCCGAUAAUGGUUUACUUUCAUGGUGGAGGUUUUGAAAUCGGCUUCUCUUCAAUGUUUGAUGACUAUUCGUUGUCUGGAACUCUUCCCCUGAAAGAUGUGAUCGUUGUGACUGCCAACUACAGAGUCGGACCGUUAGGUUUUAUGACAACUGGAGAUGAAGUUUCUCGUGGAAACUAUGGAUUAUGGGAUCAGACUUUGGCUCUGAAAUGGGUCCAGGAACAUAUAAAAUCAUUUGGUGGAAAUCCAAACAUUGUAACAGUUUGUGGGACAAGUGCUGGGGGAGUCAGUGCAGGAUUAUUAGCAUUGAGCCCUCACUCGAACAAACUUUUCCAUAGAUUCAUGGCAAUGUCUGGUUCUGCGUUUUGUGAAUUCUCGAUUCGAACUAAAGAACAAGAAGCGGAAAUUUUUAGGAACUUUGCGAAACAUCAUGGUUACGAGGGAGAAGAUUCGGAAAGCCUUCUCGAAUGGUACAAGUCUCAACCACUUUCAAAAUUCCAAGAAACUGCAACUUUUGAGAAAAAAGCGUCAGGUUUCUUAACCUUCAUUCCCAACUUUGACGGAGAUUUCUUCCCGAAGCCAUUUGACGAGUUGAGUAGGGAAGCUCCGAAGCUUGACGCAAUGGCCACUGUAGACGAAUAUGAAGGUCUUGGAUUCCUUACAAUGUUCCAAAGUAGAAGAAAUGAUAUGGAUAUCAUCAAAUCAUCUUUUGGAUCGGAUGUUGUAGAAAAUGCAGUAGAUGUUCAAAAAAGAAUAAUGGAAUUUUAUAUGAAAAAUAUUGACAAGAACGAUGAUAAAGCAGUGGAAAAGAGACUUAUACAGCUCAUCAGCGACUCGUGGUUCAACAUCGGCGCUCUUGAAACCGUAAAAACCAGCACAAAGUACGGAAGCAACGCGUACCUCGGUUCAUUCGACUACUAUAACAUGGGCUCAAAUGAUCCAUAUGCCACGUGGUUCCCAUUCAAAGCAGCCAAUCAUGGAUCGGAGCUCAAGUACAUGUUGGGAGAAGGAAUGGGGAAAUUUAGUCCGAUUGAAGAAGAAUUCAAAGUAAUUGAUAUGAUGGGGACUUUAACGGCUAAUUUUGUGAAAUAUGGAAACCCAAACGGAAUCAAUGGGCCCGAGCUUUGGAAAAAGUAUACCCCUGAAAAACCAUAUUCGUACUUCAAAAUUGACUAUCCCAAAAGUGAAAUGCGCGACAACUUCCAGGAUGGAAGGCUGAAACUCUUCGAGGACAUUAAUAAAUCUUCCAAAAAGUUUCAGGAGAUUGUAUAUGGCAAGAAAUUGUAAUAUGAUGUUUUUUUUUUGAAAAUGAAUAAAAAUUAAAAUCUCUU